GCACAUUAAUGAAGCGCCUCUACAGGGGUCUUUUCUGCUCAUGUCACCACAUAAAACUAUCAGAUGGUUAGAGGAAGGACAUGGAGGCAACUAGUUAGCUCAUCGCCGCUGCAGAGAAGCAAACAAGCCUGUGCUACAGAGCAGCUGCCGGUGGUGUAAAAGAAGCUGAUUCAGCCUGCGGAGGCGAAGGGAGGGCUGUACAAGAGGAUUCCCAAAACCAAGCCAGCUCGCUGCCUCCUCGGGACUAAACCGGAGCAGCGUGGCCGCGGAAGGAGCGAGAGACACGCCGGAGGAGAGGGGUGGAAAAGAGCCCGGACUCCCAGCUGCGUCCCGGAUGCGGACUGUCAACUUCCAGCAACUUUAAGAUCUCCGCGGGUCGCCUAGCGAAGAUGCCUCGCCCGGGCAGAAACACUUACAGUGAUCAGAAGCCUCCCUACUCCUACAUCUCGCUGACCGCCAUGGCGAUCCAGAGCUCCCCGGAGAAGAUGCUGCCCCUGAGCGAGAUCUACAAGUUCAUCAUGGACCGCUUCCCCUACUACCGGGAGAACACACAGCGCUGGCAGAACUCCCUCCGUCACAACCUCUCCUUCAACGACUGCUUCAUCAAGAUCCCGCGCCGCCCCGACCAGCCGGGCAAGGGCAGCUUCUGGGCGCUGCACCCCAGCUGCGGGGACAUGUUCGAGAACGGCAGCUUCCUGCGCCGCCGCAAGCGCUUCAAGGUGGUCAAGUCGGACCACCUGGCCCCCAGCAAGCCGGCGGACGCGGCGCAGUACCUGCAGCAGCAAGCGAAGCUGCGGCUCAGCGCCCUUGCGGCCACCGGCACCCACCUGCCCCAGAUGUCCACGUACAACCUCGGCGUGUCCCAGCCCUCCAGCUUCAAGCACCCCUUCGCCAUCGAGAACAUCAUCGCCAGAGAGUACAAGAUGCCCGGGGGCCUCGCCUUUUCCACGAUGCAGCCCAUGCCGGCCGCCUACCCCCUCCCCAAUCAAUUGACUACGGUGGGCAGCUCCAUUGGCACGGGCUGGCCCCACAUGUACGGCUCCGGCAUGAUCGACACCGCCACCCCCAUCUCCAUGGCCAGCAGCGAGUACGGCGCCUACGGCGUGCCCAUCAAACCGCUCUGCCAUGGGGGGCAGACUUUGCCGGCCAUCCCCGUCCCCAUCAAGCCUACCCCUGCCGCGGUGCCAGCCCUGCCCGCCCUGCCCGCGCCCAUCCCCACCAUCCUCUCGAACUCGCCGCCUUCCCUCAGCCCCACGUCCUCGCAGACGGCCACCAGCCAAAGCAGCCCGGCCACCCCCAGCGAGACUCUCACCAGCCCGGCGCCCGCCCUGCACUCCGUGGCUGUGCACUGACCCGGGCCGCCCGCAUGGACGCUGCUUUCCCCUUUCUCCCAAAGUUUCCUCGGAGCUCUCCUCCCUCCCCUUCUCUCCCUCCUUCCGCUUCUUCCCCUCUCCUCUCUACUCUUUUCCUCGAAAGCAGAGACAACUCCCCGCGGGAAACUGAGGUUUGCCGUUCGCGUGAGCUCCCUUUCCGCUUCGCCCCUUCAGCCGAGCCCUCCCUCCGGCUCGGCUUCUCCCCCGGUUCUGAACUUUGUUUUCCGUUCUUCUGAGGCGAAAGGAACCGGCCCGGCCCGCCCCCUCCCGCCCGGUAGGAGCUGCCACUUGCAUCGCUAGUUUUCCAGAAGUACUCCAGGCAUCUUCGAUUUGUC